UCUCUCGUGUCUCUAAAUAGGAAAAGACUUUGAUCGUGAAGAAAAGCGACGAGAUCUGACCUUUUUCCUCUCUCGGACGGCCCUGUCUCCAAGGGUCCUCUCUCAAAUAUCUCUCCCUUAGAUUUCUAUUCCAGGUAACAAUCAAUCCCCCAUUUUCCUCCUUUUGUUUCACUCUUGAUUUUCGGUUAUUUUGCUCCCUCGUCUUUGUUUUACAUUUUCUCCCUCAUUUUCUGUGGCUUUCUGCUGUGAUCUGUUGCGAUCUUGACCCGUCAAGCGUUUUCUAUUUCAUUUGGAGACACCAUGGGUGUGGAGGUUGUGGGAUUUGAAGCGGCCCCGGCACCUGUGGAGGCUGGAACUGAAGCAGAAAGUGCUUUGUUGCAUGACAAGGAGAAUGGGAAACUCGAUCAAGGACCCGGAGUUACCGAGCCCAUAAAAUUUGGUUCUCAUGGAGAUGAGCCUGUUAAAGGGGAAGGAAAUAAUGUUUCUGAUAACUUUCCAAAGGAUGUGGUUGAUGAGUGGCCUGCACCAAAGCAGAUUCAUUCAUUUUAUUUUGUCAAAUAUAGAUCUUAUGAUGAUCCGAAAAUAAAAGCCAAACUUGAUCAGGCUGAUAAAGAGAUUCAAAGGAGGAAUCAGGCCCGAUUUCAAAUCACUGAAGGAUUGAGGGCCAAAAAGUCUGAUCGAGCACAGAUGCUUUCUCAGUUGAAGUCUCUGAAAGCUGAGGAUGAGCAGUUCAGAAUGAUUGUGGAUGGGAAGAGAAAGGAAAUGGAACCUCUGCAGCAUGCUCUGGGAAAGUUGCGCAGUACAAACAGUGCUAACCGAGAGAGGGGUGGUACUCUAUGUUCAUCUGAGGAAGAACUUAAUGAUCUUAUUCAAAGCUUACAUUACCAUAUGCAACAUGAGAGCAUCCCGUUGGCUGAAGAGAAGCAAAUCCUUAGGGAAAUCAAACAGCUUGAGGCAACAAGGGAAAAAGUUAUUGCUGGUGCUGCUAUGAGGGCAAAGAUUCAGGACUCAUUGGGUCAGAAAGAGGCCAUCCAAGACCAGGUCAAACUUAUAGGUGUUGAUUUGGAUGGGGUGAGGAAGGAGAAGCAAGUUGUCAUGGCCAAAAUCAAGCAACUUAGGGAUGAUUUGAAGGGCAUAGACAGUGAGAUUGAUUCUUUGAUGGAGGAACUGAAGGCUGUGUCAGAAAAGAGGGACAAAGCAUAUGAAGGUCUUCAGGCACUGAGAAAACAGCGUGAUGAGGGUAAUGCACAUUUCUACCAAAACCGUGCUCUCUUGAACAAUGCCAGAGAGCUUGCUGGGAAGAAGGAUAUAAAGGCCCUUGAGGAACUUUCACAUUCUGAGGUUGAGAAAUUUAUGUCAUUGUGGAGCAGCAAUAAGGCUUUUAGAGAAGAUUAUGAGAAAAGAAUUUUGCCAUCAUUGGACAGUCGUCAAUUGAGUAGGGAUGGACGAAUGAGGAACCCCGAUGAGAAGCCAUUGGUGGUAUUGGAAGCACCAACACCCUCUGAAACAGAGACAGUGGCAAAAGCUCCUGUCAAACGAUCUAAGGAAGAUUCCAAGCCGCCUCCACAACAUGAUACUCUUCCCUCCCAGAAGGUCCAGAAAGAGGCAAAUGAUAGAGCUACAGAUUCAGGAAUUACUUUGGAACGUGGUGACAAAGAAGAGAAGGAGAUCAUUCCUGGGCUAGAAAAACAUCAAAAGGGUCCUUCCUUGGACAAUGAAGUUGAUGCUGCAAAGUUGAAGGAAAUGAAGAGAGAGGAGGAGAUUGCAAAAGCUAAGUUGGCCUUGGAAAGGAAGAAGAAGCUGGCAGACAAAUCUGCAGCCAAGGCAGCCAUAAGAGCUCAGAAAGAGGCUGAAAAGAAGCUCAAGGAAAUUAUUACUUCACUUUUUAUUUUUCUAGAAUUUGCUAAUUAGUAGUAGCUAGCUUUUUCUUGUGGUAUGGCAAAACUGAUUGUACUUUUAUUGCACUUGUUACAGGAGAGAGAAAAAAAAGCAAAGAAGAAGGCUGCUUCAUCUGCAACAGCUACCAAUGAGGAACCAACUGAAGCAGCAGAUGCAGAGGUGGUUGAAGUGGAAAAGACCAAUGUGAAUGUUGAACCUCCAGUCCCAUCAAAGACCAAGGAACAAAAGGAGAACACUAUCAGGCACAGGAAUAAAAAAAGAGGCCCAGAUUCUCUUCCAAGAGCCAUCCUUAAGCGGAAAAAGACAACAAACUACUGGAUAUGGGCUGCUGCUGCUGCUGCUGUUUUGUUAGUACUGCUGCUUGUAGUGGUCGGAUUCCAUUAUCUCCUCUGAAGAUUGAAGCUAGAGUUAAAUGAGUUAUGGGCCAAUUUUCUGCUUGAUGAGCUUGUGAGUGCCUAGGUCUGUAGUCUUAAACUCCAUUCCUUGUUCUUUACAUCCUAUUAGAGGGAUGGACUCAAACUCAUAAUGUUGUUGAGUAGCUCAGUCAAUCUGAAACAUCUACUGAUGGAGCAACUUUAUACAUUUGGUUUGGUUGUUGAAUUUUCAAAUUUUGACUUUGAUCAGAUAUCAUGGAUGUUAUCUUAAACAUUUUGCUAUUUACAGAAAUGCAAUGUUUAUACAGGCAGAUUAGUAGUUGGA